AUGCCUAGCACCAUGAAACCGCGCAGCAAAUCGGAGCAGGCACUGAACUCCCUGAUCCAACAACAUCCGCUGCAACGACUUGCAAGCCCAUCACGAACAAUCUCAGCGUGCGUGCACAUCCUGGGACUCGCGUCGUACGCAUCCAGCUUUGACUAUCUCGUCGGGCACCCGAACCACAUCAACCAAGCCUACGGCUGGCACUUCCAGUACCUAACGAUCAUCGGGCUUUCCCUCGCAACACUGACAUUCUCUCUCGGCCUCGUCGCAGACGUCACCCUCCACCGCGGAGCCUUCGCCGCGAAGAAUGUGAUCUCCAUGUGCGCGGCCCCGAUGGAAGUCCUCAUCUCGACGCUGUACUGGGGCCUGCGCGCCAUCGACCCGGCCCUCGUCGUGCCGCCGGACCUUGAGUUGCCGCUUUCCGCGGACCUGGGGUUCCACCUCGCGCCAACGGCUUUCCUGCUGCUGGAUAUUCUGCUAUUGAGUCCGCCGUGGACGAUCGCUGGGGUGCCGGCGUGUGUGCUGUCUAGUGUGAUUGCUUUCCUGUAUUGGUUCUGGAUCGAGGCGUGCUUUCGGCAGAAUGGGUUUUAUCCGUACCCGUUGUUUGAGUUGUUGGACAAUUCGCACAGGGUCGCGUUGUUUGGCGGUUGUGCGGCUGUCAUGGCGGUGAUUACGCUGUUGUUGAAGAGAGUUUAUGCGGUGGUGAAUGGGGCGGGCUCCGAGUGGCCGGGGAAGCUGAGAUGA